UGAACAUCGCUUACAUUGUAUCAUUUGACUGAACAAGCUACCUAAAUAAUUACCUAGUACAGCAAGAGGAAAGGAUUUUUGUUACUGAUGCUGAAACAAUUUGAAUGUCAGAUCGCCUGUUUUUAUUUUUAUUCUUCUCGGCAGACAUUUGACUAGACCUCUAGAAAUAGCGUCUUAACCCUACAGAUGUGGAAACAGUACUCCGGGGAGUAAGACCGCGUCGGCUAGCUGCACGGACUCUCACACCGAGAGCGCGCGCGCGAGAGGAGAGCGGAGAGAGAGAGGCUGUCGCUCUAGUAGACGCGCGGAUGACCACAACGUCUCCCCCGCAGUGGACCAUGAUCUGAGCCGCCAGGACAUCGGCCCUGUCUGACCUCCCCCUCUUUUCUCCAUUUCCUCCACGGAGGAAGAACGACGACGCGGGCCCUGACGGCCUCGGACAGGUAGAGCGAGAGAACAGACAGAGCGGGAAGGAGGAGAGAGAGAGAGAGAGAGUCCAGACGCCAAAGCAUUCCCGCGCACAGCUCCUCCCCCCCACCCCCUUCUCGGGACAGAGACGACCUUUGACCCCCAACACGCGCCCCCCUGAGUCCCCCAGCAGCAGAGCGCAGCCAUGGGGAGGAAAAAGAUUCAGAUUCAGAGGAUCACCGACGAGCGGAACCGACAGGUGACAUUCACCAAGCGGAAAUUCGGCCUGAUGAAGAAGGCGUACGAGCUGAGCGUGCUGUGCGACUGCGAGAUCGCCCUCAUCAUCUUCAACCACUCCAACAAGCUGUUCCAGUAUGCCAGCACGGACAUGGACAAGGUGCUGCUCAAGUACACCGAGUACAACGAGCCGCACGAGAGCAGGACCAACGCAGACAUCAUCGAGACGUUGCGAAAGAAAGGCUUUAAUGGUUGCAACAGCCCUGAGCCCGAUGGCGAGGACUCCAUUGACCAAAGCCCGUUAAACGAGGACAAGUACCGCAAGAGCGAGGAGCUGGACAUCCUCUUCAAGAGAUAUGGCUCCACAGUCCCAGCGCCCACCUUCUCCAUGCCCGUCACCGUGCCCGUGUCCAACCAGAGCCCGCUGCAGUUCAGCAACCCCGGCAGCGCCCUCGUCACCACCUCCUUCGUCACAUCCACGCUCACAGACCCGCGCCUCCUGUCGCCGCAGCAACCUGCCCUCCAGAGGAACACCGUGUCGCCUGGGUUACCGCAGCGGCCGGCCAGCGCAGGUGCGCUUCUCGGCGGUGACCUCAACAACUCCAACGGAGCGUGUCCAAGUCCAGUGGCAAACGGGUACGUCAGUGCCAGAGCCUCCCCAGGACUCCUCUCUGUGUCCAAUGGCAACAGCAUGGGGAAAGUAGUUCCGGCCAAGUCUCCGCCUCCGCCCAGCCCUCAGAUGGUGAACAGCCGCAAGCCGGACCUCCGGGUCAUCACUUCACAGAGUGGAAAGAGCCUGCUGCAGCUGACAGACGAAGAGCUCGAGUUGGUGAGUGAGAAUGCCCAGCGGUUAGGCGCCUCUCAAGUGACUCAGCCACUCACCACACCGGUGGUUUCCGUGGCAACGCCAAGCCUCCUGACUCCUUUCUCAGCCAUGCCAACAGCCUACAACACAGAGUAUCAGCUGACAAGCGCCGAUCUCACCGCACUCCAGGCUUUCACGUCGCCAGGCGGGCUGUUGCCAGGCAACAUGACCACUUGGCAGCAGCCAUCGGUAUCCCAGCAACAACAGCAGCAGCAGCAGCAGCAGCAGCAACAACAAUCCCAACAACAGCAGCAACAGCCCCAGCAGCUAAGCUUGGCCUCUCUCAGUAACCUGGUCAUGUGGGGCGCAGACAAACAGAAUGGGGAGAUGGCUAACUGCAUCUCCAGCUUUGCAGCUAACCUCAGUGUGACUUCACAGGCAAGCUUACUGCUGGGCAGAGAUGAUGGGUUCAGCUGGAACGUGGGCGCCAUCCCUCAGGGCGCCACGCUGACCGUCAACACUAACCCCAACGUGAGCAUCAAGUCGGAGCCGGUGUCCCCCAACCGGGACCGCAGCACGCCCUCGUCCCUGUCCUCCGUGGGCGGCCAGGGCCUGGCGGCGGCCGCGGCGGCGGCGGCGGCAGCAGCGGUGGCGGGGACGGGCGGGGGCGCGGUGGGCGGCCUGGGUCAGUACCCCGGCGCCCUGCGCCUGGAGCCCACCGGCCGCUCGCCCGUCGACAGCCUGAGCAGCAACGGCAGCUCGUACGAGGGCAGCGACCGCGACGACGGGGGCCAGCCCAGGCCCCCGGACUUCGCCACCACCAUGGGGCUCCUGAGGCCCUCGGGCGAGGCGCAGGGAGCGGCGGGGUCCGCCGACCAGUCGGAGCAGGGGGCCAACGUCAAGCGCAUGAGACUGGACACCUGGGUCACAUAAAUCAUCAGUCGCCCAGUCCUGCUCAGCUCACACACCCUCUCACUCACACACACACACACACAGACACACACACACACUUACUCGCCCUCCUCCCCAUGCACGCAUGCGUGCCCAGACACACACUCAGACAUAGAAGCAUCAUUAGAUCACACCCAUGCAGUCACUUGAUCACUCACACCACCACAAAAGGCACUGCCCUUUGUCAACCCCCUAGUCCCCCCCCCCCCACACACACACACACACAUGAACACACAGCUGAACUCCUUUCGGGACAUACCGAGCACUCUGACAUCACCCUCUCAACUCAAGUUUACCCUUCGUGGUCACACUGAAACACCCAUGCAUGCCCGUGCAUGCGACAGACACACACACAUACACUCGCACUCUCUCUGUCUCUAGCUCACACAAAUACAUAUAUGCAUUGAUGUAUGCACAUAAUGUAUACAGUUCAUAUACAUACAGAGCCCGUCGCGGACAGUCGCCAAACCAGGGAGAUAUCUAUAUAUAUACAUUAUAUUAAAAAAUUAUAUAUAUACAUGUCAGUAUAGGCUGUUGAGUGACCUACAAGUGAUUUGGGGAGAAUUAGUGAUUUUGGUUUUGUUCUGUAACUUGGCUUCUAUUUGUUGUGUUUGGAAUGGGUCUAGGGUAACUGUAGGGAGGUGCAUGGGAAACCGAGGGCACUGCACUGGCUUCUGUACAGCUUGUACUUCAAAGGUCCUGAUGACUUCUUCUUUGCAGUGAAUUGGUAAUCUUGGUCUUGAAUCUGACUGUUCUGUUCUGUUCUGUUCUGUUCUGUUGUGAGAAACAAAGCAAAACAAAACAAACAAAACAAACAAAAAAACACAAAAGACAAAAAACAGCAAAUGGAAGCAAGGACACAACAAAAGAAGCUGAUUCUUUAGUGUUGUGUUUUGCCUGCUGCAGCUCACUGAGAGUGUUUGGAGGGGGAUCGGUGACAUUCGCUCUCUCCGUGACCUUUUCUCUUGGCAGGAUAUGACUUUGACUUUGUUGCUGUCUCCCCAUCCGCCAUGUUUUUCAGGACUACAUUGAGUAGUGCUUGAGGAGCCCACAUCCACAGAACAGACUCUUCUGUGAAAUUUCAGGAUCCUUUUAAAAAAGAAAAAAAAAAAAGAAAAAGCCAGAAAUUUGGCUUCAAAGUUAUGGGACUUUGUUUGUGUGUUAGUUUGUUUGGCAGCUUGCGAAAAAAAAAAGAAAAAGAAAAGAAAGGCUGUUCCAUCAUCACCUAGAGUCUACCUUGUGUGAGGUAGAGGAGUCCUCUAUCAGGGAAUGGGCUGAAGGAAGCCCGCACGACAGAACCGAACCGAUUCUGUAACCACGGAGACGCCACACGCCAUGAACUGUGGGAGCUAGACCCCGAGCUGAAGAACCGACAGAGCGUUGCUAGCCACCGAGGCUGCGGCGUGCGUGCGUGUGUGUGUGUGUGUGUGUGUGUGUGUGUGUGUGUGUGUGUGUGUGCACCCACGCACUUGCAUGUGUGUUUCCUGAGUGUCUGACUAUAAAAUGCUGCAGCUUUCAGCUGGAUGGAAUUGACACUUGGUCUUUAGGUAAAUGAACCUCAGCCAAAUAUUUAUUUUGAUCUCAUUUUUGUUUUUUCUCUCUCUCUUUUUCUCCUUCUCUUUUGAAUGUUGUUUUGCGUUUUUUAAAAUGAUCUAUAAUGACUUUUGUUUUGUGAUCGGCACCCUAUCCUGUUUGGUGUGUGUGUGUGUGUGUGUGUGUGUGUGUGUGUGUGUGUGCUCCCUUGUGUGUUUGGGGGGAGUGAUUUUUAUUUGCUUGUAUUUACCAAGAAAGAAAUGGCAUUUUCGGUUUCCACAGUUUUAUAGAGUUAAUGUGUCAUUUAGUGAAAAUGUAGCCCUGGUUGAACAGAGAGUGUGGACAUUGAAACACAAACACACAUACAAGCACACACACAUAUACAUACUCACACAAAUCACUAGUGGCAGGGUGCGCUUUUUAAUUGUUCAGAAAGAUGCAAAAGAUCCUGAAUGACGAUGUUAUCCUCACUCCCCACUGGUUUACGCUAGUAGCAGCCUGACACAAACGUUGAUAUUUAAUACUAUUUGAUGGACAGUCUUUUUAAUUCAAGAUUUAAUUCUUUUUUAAAAGAAAAAAUCAAAUAAGUAUUCUUUGUGUUUUUUUUUUAAUUUUUUUUUUUAAAGAAGCCAGAUAGAUGUAUAAAAGCACCUUGAGUCAUCUUAAGGCUCGGUGAAUGGCCGAGGAAGAGACCCGAAAAGAAGAACCCAUGUACAUAACGGCGUUUGAUUUCAGUAUUGCUUCUGAGUGUGUCUGCGCACAGCAUAGAUGAGAUUCUCCAGGGGUGAGCAGCAGAGGGUCACCUCUCACUGGCAUCUGGUUAGACACCAAGGCAACUGCCUGCUUGCUUUCCUUCCCUCUUUCUCUGAGUUUGGAUCUUGUGCAUGGGAUUGGUCAAGAAAAAAACCCAAAUUGACACUGCAGAAGUGGCCAAAGGACAGGAAGUGUGCACGGCCUGCGCUGUGCACUCGCGAGUCGUUACUGAGUGACCGCAGCACUUCAGCAGCAGAACAGGACUCUAUCGCUUCUAUGUACAUAAGAUGGGACCUGUGGCAAGCAAAGAGUGUUAAUGAGGGCAGAAAGGGACAGAGCCGGGAAUCUUUCUUUUUUUCUCUCUCUCUCUCUCUCUCCUUGCGUGUCGUGUGUUGGACUGUUUCGGGUGUUUUUUCUACGAUUUAUUGAUAUUGUUAUUAUUCUGAUAGAGAGCAGCGCACUUUAGAAUCUACCCCAACCAACACCACCCCAAGCCAGGUGUGUCUACCGUAGAAAUGGUAGGGCCAUUCACACUUCCCUCCUACCUCCUCCUCCUCCCUCUGCCAACCUGAGAGACCUCUUUCCAUGGCCCAUGCAAAACCCUUAGCUUUUACCCCCCUUUAGUCCAAAUCCACACCCCCUCAAACACACUUGCCACUCCUCGUUUCGUAGUUCACCUUUGACCUCUGCUCUCUUGGUGUUGCAGUAUGUUUCUCCAAGGCAGUGCCACCCCCUCACAUACACACACAUGCAUAUAUAGAAAGACCUACACAGACCCCCAUGGUGAGCUUCAUGCUUCAUUGGGUUAUACCAGCUGGGCUGUAGGCUUUGCACGUGCUAAGGCACCUGACUUUUAGCGGUCCACACCCUGUUUUAGGCGACUGAGUGCUUUUUUUAUUAACUGAUUGAGAUUGUUGUUGUUUUUUUUCUUUCUACUGCUAAAAACAUCCUUCAGCCUAGUCCAUUUUUUGUACCCAUGCCGUUGACUUCAGGGAAGGAGAAUCCAUCUUCACGCAUUCAAGCCUGUAUUGCACUUGUCAUCUUGUUAGCAGAGGAUUGCCGUUUUGGAAAAAAAGUGGAAAAAAGAAACAAAAAAAAAAACAUAGCAAGUCACCUUUGUAAAUUUGAACCUUGUACUUAUCUAGAUUAGACUUACUUGACACGUGUUGCAAGUGUGCAAUUCUGAACAGAAAAAAAAUCUAUAUAUUAUGUCUAAUGAUUAUUUAAAAGAUGUACACAAAUUGUUUUAUGGUGCAUUUGUAUAUUCUCUGAGUGAACUUAUGGAUGAAGGAUAUUUAAAGAUGGUGGUGACCAUGGCUCAGACACCUUGGGGUUGUUCAUUAGGCUUCAAUGGCCAGACAGGUCCGAAUGUCCCACUGUAUCGUUAAUGGCCAUAAUCAUGUGCCUGAGAGACCUCUAGAGGGGUCUACAGGUCUGAGAGAUGCAGAGAAAGGUCAUUUUUGGACAGCUUCAUGCGGGCUGUAUUGAGCCCCAGGGGAUCGCUUUGGAAGUGGGGUCUCGUGGGCCGAGACCUAGUAACGGAGCUGCCUCGCGUUUUGGCAACCAGUUUCUCUUUUUGUAUAUGGUUUUAUUUUUCUCUCUCUCUCUCUCUCUUGUUCAAAUAUCCUUUUGGCUGGAAAUGGACUUGUCUGUCUGUGCACUCUCUUCGGAUCUGUUUGUGACCUGUGCUCUUCCAGACGCUUGUGGAUUUCUUUUUUUUGUUUGUUUGUUUGUUUGUUUGUUUUGUUAGCUUGUUUUCUUGCUUCUUCAACAUCCAUGCAUAUCCAUCCAUUCGCGAACGAUGAACGAGAUGCCGAGCCUUGUUCUUUUCUGCGCCUGCCAGAACCCCCCGGUGAUCUCCCAUGCUCGUGGCUUGGCCCUCUCACUGCCUCUCAACGCCGCCUCCAAACAUCUCGCCCCCUUUUUUUUCUUCUCUCGUUAGAGCAGUAGGACGUUCCUCAGUAAUCCCUCCAAAGACCUCUGUGUGUCCCAAUCCCAUUUGACCACCUGAGCCAGCUCGGAGCAAAAGCCUUAAAAUCUCGACGCGUGCCGUACGGGAGGGCCACCGCGUCUUAGAGAUCCUCCCCAUUUCCCACCAUUUUUAUUGGAGAGGAUGGCUUCCGAGAAUUAUAUACAUAAUAUAGACACAGAGAGAGAGCGAGGGUGUCUGCAAUAGGUUAUGAAGAAUAACCUUGUGCCACAUCUACCAGUGGUUCCCAGGUGAAGUCUGGCAGUGAGAGAAAGACACUUAGGGAGCCCUGCAGGAGUGUGGCCAUUGCUCUUUUCAUCCAAGAUGGCCCCACAGUGUGUGUUUGUGUGUCUGAUUUCCCAUCUGCAUAGAAACAAGUGAUCUGGAAAGUGUGUGAGUUGGGGGGCAGGACUCGGCCAUGGACAACUGGGUAGGGAGAGUCCUCAUAGUGAUCACUCUGGUAUGUUUGGAGCACCCUUUGACUAAAAGACUGUUGUAUCCUGAGCUUUGAACAAAAUAGAGAGGGAGGGUUGGUUCCUGGAUGGGUUUCCUGCUUAAAGGCUACAAGCCAUGAAACCAUGAAAAAAAGAUGUCCCGUUUUCUACAAGUGAAGCAGAUUUGUGGAUCUGUAGGCUUUAGCGAAGCCUUGAUGUACCUGGUUGCUUGUUCUGGCAUAUGUAAUGAUGUAUAAAACGUCUGACAUGGAUCUCAGAAUUACAGUAGGAGUCAUAGUAAUCAAAAUGAAAGACAAUCGUCAAGUAAAUAGUUAACUUGCGCCCCCCACCCCCCAUAUUCCCCAUGUAUGAUGAUGUUUAGAGAAUCUCACUCAUUUUCUAGUGUUAAUUUGUGCUGGUGACAGUUCUAUUGUCUGUUUUUAUUAUAAUUGUUGUUAUGAUAAUUAUCAUUACCAUUAUUGUUAUCGUCACAGAUGGUAAUAAUAAUGCUAAUUUUAGAGAGGCAAUUUUUAUUUUCUGCGGUUUUGUGUAGGUUAGGCAUCCUAUUUUAUUUGAAUUUGAAUUUGAUUUUAUUUUAUUAUAUAUAAAUAUUAUAUAAAUAUAUUUUUGUUUUCAUUUGUUUUGUUUUUUCUUUUUUCUUCAAAGGGGUGUUACUAAUAUUGCACGAUUUAUUAAAGAAAACAAAAACAAUUGUAGUAAUAUUAGUACUUAUUGGUAAUUGAGGGAAGUGGUCAAAGCGAAGUUGAAUAUAAUGACCAGUUCAAUGCUGCAAUUUCUAGUCAAAUGUAAAAUAAAAACACAUAGGUAAGUUGGUACAAAGACACAUUUAAUUUAUUUCAGACCAGACACAAAGAUGUCGAUGCAUGGGCGUAAAACAAGCAAAGAAUGAUUCAUGUUAUACAAAAUAAACUGAAAAUGUAAUAUCAAUAAGAAUAUACACCACACAAACCUAGGAUAGAAAUUGAAGAAAAAAGUUGAAAAGAAAAUUAUAGCUAAUAUAUUGUGUUAGGCUAGUCUGCUUUUGAGUUUUGUUGUAUAAAAAAUCUGUUGUUUUCGGAGAAUGAUAUACAAUUUGUGUAUAUUUUCAUAAACAAAGUAUGCACUGAUAUGUUAUUACAAAUUCUAUACUGCUUUUACAAAAAAAGUGUUUGUUAUUGUACCAAAGUAUCCAUUUGUCCUUUAUUCCCUUCCCCUUUUGCGUAUGUUCUACCGUAUUUUAUAUAUUAAAUAGUCAAGUUGACCUACAAAGA